AAACGGACUGAGCAAGCGACAUUUUGGUAUUUUUUCCGUGUAUUGCCAUGCCAGUCAAGAGUAUUCGACUCAGAUCAAAAGAUCGUAAUUAGCUAGCUUUGUUGUAAUUAGUUAUAGAUUCACAAACAUGUAUAUUUAGGGUGCUUGGAGGUAACACGGAUCGAUAGCGCAGUGCAGUUUACGUGGGCAAUUGUUUCAGCGAUGGCGAUGCCCGAGCAGUUUUCAUUACGGUGGAAUGACUUCCACUCGAACCUGUCUCAGUCGUUCCAUGCGUUGCUGGAAGGAGAAGACUUGGUGGAUGUGACAUUGGCAGCCGGAGGCCAGUACGUGCACGCUCACAAACUCAUCUUGUCAGUAUGCAGUCCCUAUUUCAAGGAAUUAUUCAAGAUGAACCCGUGCGAGCACCCGAUCGUGAUCCUCAAAGACGUGGCUCACCAGGAGUUGAAACAACUCCUGCAGUUCAUGUACCGCGGCGAGGUGCACGUGCGGCAGCAGGAGCUGAGCGGGUUCCUGCACACGGCCGAGCUGCUGCAGGUCAAAGGGCUCACUCAAGGGAGGGAGCGCUCCGAGUCCCCGCCGCCAGUGGAAGAGUGCCCCACGAACGCCGAGCCCACAGAGGCGCCCGAGUGGGUCCCCGGCGGCGACGAGACCAUCGCCACCGAGGCGCCGCCCGCGCCCCGAGACGACGCGCGCAGCCCGCUCAAACGGCUUCUGAAGAACACCCCGACCAAGAACAGCCUGUCCGGCACCAAGAAGAAGCCGCGACCCGCGAUCGAGAGUCCCGUGCCCGUCGCCGAGAACAACGAGUGCGCGUCGGACGGCGAGCCCCUAAUAGAUUUCGACAGCGACCUGUACCACAGCGUGCUGGCUAUGCCCGAAUCUGCUAAAGAAUCUGGCUGGAACUGUAAAACGACCGGCGUCAAAUGCCCCUCAUGCCACCGGUUCUUCGCCAACCGGUACAACCUGAAGGUGCACAUCCGGGACAAGCACGACACGCGCGAGGGCACGCUCCAGUGCGAGAUAUGCAACAAGCGCAUGCGCAACCCGAGUUGUCUACGCGUUCAUAUGUACCACCAUCGCAAGCAGGCCGCGUACCUCGCGCAACUCCAGCCUGAGAACCACGUACCGAACGUCGAUGACAAGGUCUGGCGCGCCGAGGGGCCCUACGGACCAGUAGACUACAAGUUCAAUCCUGACGCAUUCCAAUCCGCAAUGCCGCUGCCGGCCGCCGAGGCGCCGGCCAAACCGGAGACCGACGCGGAAACCGCAUGAUGCCGGUGGGACGAGCUGGCCACGCCCGACCAGCUGUACCGCGUCUUCACGCAGCAGAGCCGGUGGGUGCGCAGCGUGUUCACCAUCAGAGGUUAGGGGGCGACGCCCCUUC